GUUUCAGGGACAAGGGGACUGAGGUGAAGGACCCAGAUGUUUGCCAAAGGUCUCUUGGCUGAAGCGCUGAGCUUAUCGUUUACCACAUGACACAGUAAAACAGACCGAUUGCAAUCUACAUCUGCCGUAGUACUUUAACUUCGGACAUGAACGUUAUCUUUAAAACACAACAAAAAAGCCAGGAUGCAUUUCAUGACCUCUAUAACAGGUUAGGUAAGGAGUCCUGCGCCACAACAAAAAAAACAACAACAGGGGCGAGUCAGGUUGAUGAGCUAACUCUGGAAACAACCACUGCACCUGCGCAGACCACAGACACGCACCAGCUUGUUGUCAACUGUAGCUGGAGGCUAAAACUAUCAACACACUUCUGUCGAAGCUCCCUGCAAAACUGUUUAUGGCGUGCUUCGGAGCAAAUGCUGACUAGGAACCGAAACAGGAUAAAGAAACUCGCUCCUUCAUGUGUCCGCUGCUGUGACAGGAAGAUGGCAGGUAGGCACAGGGUUUUGCCCUGUGUAUGUCUGGGGCUGUUUGGUGUCCUGGGCUGGGUCUGGGUCUCCUUCGCCUCCUUUCCAGACGACCAACUUGCCCUGGAGGCCUUGGAUGCAGUGGACCGAGGAGCCUUUCAGCCACAGAGUGCCCUAUCAGAGAUGGAGUUUGCCUCCAUCAGCUCGUACAGAGGACCUGGCAACAGGGACUACCGCAGCAACAAGGAGCUGCCCAUUAUCCUCUGGUGGAGCGGAGGACUGUUCCCACAUUUUCCCGGUGACACCGAACGCAUAGACUGUGCCACAUCCUCCUGCCUGGUCACAAGCAACCGCAAGGUCCAGCUGUACAAACGGACAGCAUCCAUCAUCUUUUAUGGAACAGACUUCAGGGCGUACGAGGCGCCGCUCCCUCGUCUCCGUCACCAGACGUGGGCACUGUUCCAUGAAGAGUCCCCCAUGAAUAACUACUUCCUCUCCCAUGGACCAGGGAUCAAGCUGUUCAACUACACUGCCACGUUUCGCAGGGAGUCGGACUACCCUCUGACCCUGCAGUGGCUGCCCUCUCUGGAGUACCUGCUGACGCCCGUGGCCGUGUCCCUGGAGCAGAAGAACCAGCUGAGGAGGCAGGGCCUGGCUCCUGUGCUCUACAUGCAGUCCCACUGCGAUGUGCCAUCAGACAGAAACCGAUACGUCCAGGAGCUCAUGAAGUACAUUCAGGUCGACUCCUACGGGAAAUGCCUGAACAACAAACCCCUGCCCGAACAUCUGGAGGACACGGCCACGGCAACCGGCGAAGAACACACCUUCAUGAAUUUUGUUGCACGCUACAAGUUUCACCUUGCGCUUGAAAACGGCGUGUGUCCGGAUUACAUGACGGAGAAGCUGUGGCGGCCUCUCCACCAGGGCUCUGUGCCCGUCUACCGGGGCUCCUCCGUGGUGGCAGACUGGAUGCCCAACGACCACUCCGCCAUCGUCAUCGACGACUUCCCCUCGCCGAAAGCUCUCGCUGAGUUCCUCAAACGUCUCGAUGAGAACGACGAAGAAUACUUGAAAUAUUUAGAGUUCAAGAACCCCAGACGGAUUACCAACACUCGUCUGCUGGAGGCUCUAGAGACCCGCGAGUGGGGGGUCAACGACAUGAGUAAACCCAACUACCUGAAUGGAUUUGAAUGUUACGUUUGUGACCAGGAGAACACACGGCUGGCGGCAGAGAGAGCAUAUAGGAAAUCCCCGAAGAAGAACCGACCUCCUCAACCUAAAAUGGCUAACAACUCUCACAUGGGGUGCCCUCUGCCCAGCCCGGGGUAUGGCGAUGUCAAAGACCUACCUGCAGACGAUGGAUGGUUGCAAAUAUGGCCUCAGGAUUACUGGCAGAGCCUGGACCAAGCAGAGGGGCUGGAGUCUCUGAUAAGACAUAACGAGUCAGACCCUUCGCUGCUGUGGAAGCACAUCCAAAACAUCGCUGUGAGCAGAGCCAGAGGAAAACACUGACACAGGCCUUGAAAGAGACAGAGAAUGGAACACGUCCAGGAUUACAGGGGUGUCCCGCAUUAUGAAUCCCCUCUGUUUAAUACGGGGGAAGAAGCAGAAAUGACUCAUAUUUUUGCACCUGAGCCAAAAUCUCUUUACCUUUUUUUUUUUUUUUUUGUAUGAGUAGUUAGAUUACACUAAACUGCAUUCAGCUGACAUGAUACUUUUGUCCCUUUAUUCCCAAGUUCAGUAAUGGGAAAAAUAAUGCUUUAAAGUGCUGUAUGCUAAUAUUUUCAAGUGGUUUUAUCACUAUAGCUGAGGUGCCCUUACUCCGCCUUGCAUUGUUAACAUUAACUGCAUGCGGUGCAGUUGUUCCAUAGAGGCACAUUCUCACGGGAGGCGGAUUUUCAUUGGACUGGGGCAGAGCCAAAGACUUGUCCUCUGUGUACGGAGGGACCUCUGCCUAACUGUGUGUGAAGACCAUCAAGGCAGCGGCAAAUGAACUGCAUUAGCUCCUUUACAGAUACUCAGCGGGUAGCUGAUGGUUAUUAGCUACAGUCACAUUUAUGUACACAGAUUUUUUUUUUUUAAGCGACUAUGCAAGGAAAAUAUUAUUUCACCGAGGAGUGGAGAAAGGCAAAUGUAAAGUGAAGCACAAUUCCCCUGUGGGAGAUCGGCGCUGCAUUUGCGAAGCAGUUCUCAGGAAGAGCUCAUCUAAUGUGGCAGAUACUUUAUAACAUUGCCCCAUACCCUUUGCUGUUACGUGAUGUUUAUGUGCAAUAAUGUUUGUGUCAUGCUUUCGAGAACAUGCAAUUGAAUUUGCCUUUGUAGCACACCAGUAUUAUAUAAAUCAUUUUUAUUUUCUUAACAAAGCAUAAUACAUGUGAACACACAGUUUUGUAUCAAGAGGAGCAAAAGAACAUUUUGUAAUAAAGGCAUUUUCUUGCGUAA